AUGGCAACAAGAUCAAUAAAACAUCUAUCCUCCAUCGCCAACGACGUCGUUCAAAGAUGCGCCUUGAAACUGGGGAGUUCUGUGGAGAAAUUGGUGGAGGAGUUUGAAGGUUUAGUUUGGAAGGUCGAGGACAGUAAUAUUAAUGGCGGGAGUUAUUCGAGGAAGUUUGUGGAAUUUUGUAGCGCCGAGGCUGUGAAGGAGUUUUGCCAAAAAGUAGAAGAGAAGAUUGAAGAUGGUUCCUUUAGCCGCUUCACCUUCGAUAUCAUGCUUGCCUGGCAAAUGCCCACCUCCGCCGAGGAAGACUGUCGUACGGAAAACGUGGCUAAGGAAAGAGAAGAUAGGAAGAGACCUCCAAAAGCAACAUCGGAAGAAGACGAUGACAUCCCUCUUUUCUAUUCAGACAUCCUGCCUCUUCUUGUAGAUAAUGAGCCAAGUGCUGGAGAAGAUGCGUAUGUAUGGUUAGCAUCGUUGGUUCCGCUUGUUGCAGAUGUUGUUAACGGGAGAUUUACCUUCGAAACUCUUACCGCACCUACAAGAAACCGACUUCAUUUUCCUGCUUAUGACAAAUUUCUAAAGGAAAUUGACAAGUCCAUAAAACACUUGCAAAAUCAAGCGCCACCAAAAGGUGUGGAGCUAGGUGAUGACGAAUUCAUAUUGCAUGUCGAGGGAACUGCUAGCUCGCAACGAGUAGUACGCCACAUUGGCGGGACAAGUUGGCCUGGUAGACUUACAUUAACCAACUAUGCUCUUUACUUUGAGGCCUCCGGGGUGCUAACAUAUGAAGAUGCACUAAAAAUAGACUUCUCAAAGGACAACGAGCAGAGUGUGAAACCAGCGGCUACAGGACCUUGGGGUGCCCCGCUUUUCGACAAGGCCAUUUUCUAUGAAUCAUCUGAGUUACCUGAGGGAAUUGUACUGGAGUUUCCAGAGCUAACAAGCUCCACAAGACGCGAUCAUUGGCUUGCACUGACGAAGGAGAUCCUGCUUUUGCACCGGUUUUUAUCCGCAUAUGACGUGAAAUGCCCGAUCCAAGCAUGGGAGAUGCACGGGAGGACAAUACUUGGUGUAUUGAGACUCCACGCAGCAAGAGAAAUGCUAAGGAUAUCACCUCCCGAGCCAACAAAGUUCUUAAUUUUUGCUUUGUUCGAUGAAAUUGCAAAAGGAGAUUACGUACUCGAGAAGCUUGCCGAGAGUCUUCAGAAGGUGAAUAGCGGACAUCCAUGCAGUGCUAGCGCAACUCUUAGGCGGAUGAAUGUAAGAAAAGCAAUUGUCUCGAGUGCGGAAGUAGAAGAAGUUGGCAAAGAAUGUUUAGGAGGUCCAGUUGGCAACAUCUCAUCAUUGGAAAGUGCCAUAAAUGAAGCUAGAGAGGAAGAAAAGGAAAUUGUUGUUGCCAAAGCUACCACAGAAGAAUUGAAAGAAGAAGGAAUAACCGAUAGCACCUUUGUCUUGAUAGAGCUACUAAAGCCAGUACUCAAAACUGUCUUGCCUUGGUUUCAACAAGUCCUUAUGUGGGAAAGACCGGCAACUACCCUUCUCGUGAUUGCUGCAUCUUUGAUAAUUGCCUACAAGGAGUGGGUUGGAAAGGGUACAGCGGGUUUCUUGUUUUGGGUGGUAGCGAAAAUGAUUUCGGCAAGAAAGAAAAGAAUGAGUGAGAAGUGCAAUGAGAUAGUGGUUUGUAAAGCUUCCGACCAGAGCACGAUGGAAAGCAUGGUAUCGGCUCAACAUGGGCUGCGAACAGUUUAUGAGUUGGUGCAGACGGCAAACAUAGCGCUAUUGAAGAUAUGGUCAAUAUUUAUCUCAAAGGCACGCAAGCAUGCAAAUAUGGUGAUGAUGGCGCUAUGUGGGCUGGCUAUAAUAAUAGCAGCGAUUCCGACGAAAUAUAUUAUAAUGGGCGCCAUAUUGUAUUUGUUCGCCAUGACAUCAAAAGUAGGCCAGAACUUGGGAAGCAGCCAAGGUAACAGACGAUUCAAAGAAUGGUGGGAAUCAAUUCCAGUGAUUCCGGUCAUGCAUGCGAAAAGAAAACAACAAUAUCAAUAUCCGACGCAAAAUAAUAUGCAUGUCGAGCAUACUCUUGAUGAGGAAACCACGGCUAAUGACUUUGGCGGAAUUUCAGGAGCAAAAAAUGGUGGCAACUAA